UCGCAGAUCUCUCGGCCGUUCCAUACCUCGAAUCAGUUCGCACUCUGCGAACAAAGUAUUUGCCGAUCGGAUCGAGAUCUCAAGAUCGACGAGGACAGCCUAGGAACUAGGAGCUUGCCGGAGCAGCACAUUCAUAAUAUCAAGGCUGAGCUUCGACAAACAUACCGGACCGACCUACCUGCUGCCAUAUAACAGUAUCUGACCAAGUACAAGGUCAAAUCGUAUCAAUAGAAGCAUCAUGGCCAAACGAGAAAACAAGGCUUACCAGCAUCUCGCCUCGGGAGGGCUCUCCGGUCUAGCCUCUGCGAUCGCCCUUCAACCGCUCGAUCUGAUCAAGACUAGGCUACAACAGGGAGUGGAUGUCAAGGCAGGAGGUCAUGCUAGUGGAAUCAAGGGAAAGGGGCGAGAGAUCAUACCGACAGUACGGCUGGUGGUACAGGAAGAAGGUUGGAGAGGGCUCUGGAAGGGAACAGUCCCGACAUUAGCAAGAAACGUACCGGGAGUAGCCGUCUACUUCUACCUUCUGUCAGAGAUCCGAUACGGACUUUCACAGACCGGUUUCUUCUCCCAAUCACCUACCACUCUCAUCCCCUCGGCCCUUCCACCUGGCUCAACAAUAUCAAGCUCGAUAUCUGAAGCUUCCCGGCAUAUCCCCUCACCGUCCCCAUCAAGUUCACCCGAGAUUGCCAAUGCUGCCAGCUCAGCUGCAACAACAGCAAACGCUCGAUCGUCAUCGUCGACACUACCGAAACUUUCAAGCCAGGGAAAUAUCGUGGCAGGCGCCGUAGCACGGACGAGCGUCGGGUUCGUGUUGAACCCGAUCACGGUGUUGAAGAGCCGGUACGAGUCUGGUCUGUAUCCAACAGGAUCAAUAGUCCAGGCUUUCCGCGACUUGCUAGUGACGGACGGGCUGAGAGGCAUGUUUCGGGGAUUUACGGCGACGGCGGCCAGGGACGCACCAUAUGCCGGGAUGUACAUGGCGUUCUAUGAGAAGGGCAAGGACGUUCUCGGUCGAAGUUCGUGGAAAUCAGGACUGGGCCUGCCAAGCGCCAUGAUACAUACCGUCUCGGGAAUGUCAGCGGCCAUGUUGGCAACCCUUGCGACCAGUCCAGCGGAUACCAUCAAGACGCGGAUGCAGGUACUACCGAAGGCGAACCCGACGAUCCGAGCAGCGGUCACCUCGAUCUUCCAGGAACGAGGUCUGAGUGGCUUCUUUGCCGGCUCGUCAUUACGCAUCUCGAGAAAGGCCGCAUCGAGUGCGAUUGGCUGGACAGUGUACGAAGGCUUGUUGCUGGCACUUAGGGACAAGCAGAUCGUCUGACAUGUGAGGUUCCGUCGGAUCCCUGUUUUGGAGCAGAGUGCAGGAAAUGUGCAGAGGUUGUACCAUAUUCACACCAGAAACACCGACGCAGGGUGUUGAACUGGCAACCAGUCAAUGACCACUCACCAUGCAUGCAAGGAACGUCCCUCCCUGCUGAUGCACGCAAAACG